UUUUUAUUUUUUUUUAGCUGUAACGUUACAUGUGGAAAGUGCAGUUUGAUGACAACAUCGCAUGUUGUUUACUUGAUGUGCUUACGCGCCGAUAGCUAAGUUAACAACACAGAGAUAUUUGAAGCAGUUUUACUCACCGCAUGUGGUUCCAACACACGAUCGUGACCCUUUUCCGUUGGGACUGCAUUAUCCUUAAGAAAUAAAUGAUGUGCAAUCCGAAAUGCAGGGAACAAACACAAACACUUGCACAACUCCGUUGAUGCUCUGUAAAAAUAAACUCCAUCCACUGGUCCCUUAAUGCUGUUUCUCUUUUGGUAAUCUGUGCAGGGUUGUCUUGCCCUGGCAACCAAAAACACACUCCUUUUGUGACUUUUCACGACGCUCUCGCUCUGAUCAGGCUGUGCUCAGCCUCUCAUUGCUCUGCUCUACGAGCGCGCACUUAGGACCCAUAUUAGGAAAUUCCGCUCCAUCUAACGUCACACAGAGCCAUACUCGAAAAAAACUUUCCGAAACUUGUGACAAACCGGAAGAGGUUUUUUUGGAACAAAAAUACUCCUUCAAACGUACAACUUAAUUUUUGAAACUUUGUCCAUGUUUAGCAUGGGAAUCCAACUCUUUAACAGUGUAAAAAACUCAGUAUGCAUGAAAUAGCAUUUCACCCCCCCUUUAAGUUUUAAAUAUGGUUAUUUUUCUUACAAAAACGCAUGGAUUCGCUACAGGGGGCCUUUGUUCAACCCCCGCAGCUGUGUGAGACACUUUUUUUUUUUAAUGGAUGGGUGCUUUUUAUAUCAUUUCUUUUGGACUGAAGCACUGCAACACCCGCUGAGUGGCAUCAGCUUGAAAGAUCAAAGACAAUUUUUUAUAACUCCGACUGGAUUUGUCUGAAAGAAGAAAGUCAAUUACACUUAGGAUGUCUUGAGGAGUCCGGUGGUGAGAGUAAUUCUGUGUGUUCUCGUCACUCGUCUUCUCUGCGGAUCAAGUCCUUUGACUCGAUCAACUGUUCGUCCACUCACAGGAGAUCAUCCAGACUCAAGUACAACCAGUACCGCAGUCUGGACAUGUCUGAAAACAGCGCCCCUCAGGUGCUGGUGAAAGCACGCUUUAACUUCCAGCAGACCAAUGAAGAUGAACUGUCCUUCAAUAAGGGUGACAUCAUCCAGGUGACACGGCAGGAAGAGGGCGGCUGGUGGGAGGGGUCUGUCAACGGCAAAUCCGGCUGGUUUCCUAGCAACUAUGUCAAAGAGAUCAAAGGAUCUGACAAACCUGUGUCACCUAAGUCUGGUACGCUGAAGAGUCCACCCAAAGGCUUUGAGACCACUAACUACUGCAAGACGUACUAUAAUGUGGUGGUUCAGAAUAUUGUACAAACUGAGACCGAGUACUGUAAAGAGCUGCAGACUCUCCUCUCAACGUAUCUGAGAGCAUUACAGCCCACUGACAGGCUCAGCAUGUCAGAUAUCAGUCACAUCAUGGGGAAUCUGGAAGAGAUCAGCUCAUUUCAGCAGACACUGGUGCAUUCACUGGAGGAAAGCGUAAAAGUUCCAGAGAGUCAGCAGAGAUUAGGAGGCUUCUUCCUGUCCCUCGUUCCUCAGAUGAGGAGCCUGUAUGUGACCUACUGCUCCAAUCAUCCAUCUGCGGUUAACGUUCUCACACAACACAGUGAGGAGUUAGGAGAGUUCAUGGAAAGUAAAGGUGCAAACAGCCCAGGGAUCCUCACACUCACCACGGGCCUGAGCAAACCCUUCCUGAGACUGGAGAAAUACCCCACACUACUGAAAGAGAUGGAGCGCCACAUGGAGGUGCUUCAUCCAGAUUAUCCAGACAUUCAGAAGAGCAUGACCGUAUUUAAAAGUCUUGCAGCCCAGUGUCAGGAAGUGAGGAAGAGGAAGGAACUGGAGCUGCAGAUUCUGAUGGAGUCUAUUCGGGGCUGGGAAGGGGAGGCCAUUAAGACCCUGGGCUCUGUCCUCUACAUGUCUCAAGUCCUCAUCCAGAACCACGGCGCUGAGGAGAAGAACGAGCGAUACCUUUUGCUGUUUCCUCAUGUACUUCUCAUGUUGUCUGCUAGUCCUCGAAUGAGUGGUUUCAUCUAUCAGGGGAAGCUGCCUCUGACUGGAAUGACUGUAAAUAAAAUAGAGGACAGUGACACCACAAAAAAUGUUUUCGAAAUAUCUGGAAAUAUGAUCGAGCGGAUCCAGGUGAUCUGUAAUAACCAGCAAGAUCUUCAGGACUGGGUGGAUCAUCUACAUCGGCAAACUAAACGCACUUCAACCUGCAACUUGAAACCACAGAGUGUUCCCUGCCAUACGCUGCCGUCUCACCCUCUCACCCCGUCCAGACACUCAGAGAGUCGAGGUGUGAGCGGCUCUCCAGUCUACCAUACUCUUCCUCCCCUCUCUUCACUUGGAACCCCUCUCAGCGGUAUGAUGUGGGGACCCCUCGAGCCUCCCAAAACCCAGAAGCCCUGGAGUCUCAGCUGUCUCCGACCUGCGCCACCCCUAAAACCCUCAGCUGCCUUGUGUUACAAAGAGGAUCUCAGUAAAAGUCCCAAAAGCAUGAAGAAGCUUCUGCCCAAACGUAAACCUGAGAGGAAGCCAUCUGAUGAGGAAUUUCCUGUGAGAAAAAGUACUGUAGCUCUGGAGGAGGAUGCUCAGAUCCUGAAAGUGAUCGAAGCAUACUGCACAAGCGCUAAAACACGGCAAACACUAAACUCAACAUGGCAGGGCACUGAUUUGAUGCAUAAUCAUGUGCUGGCUGAUGUUGACCAAUCGUGUGUGGAUGCUGUGGGUUGCCGUAGCAGCGGAUUUCCUUCCUCUGAUCAAUCUGAAGACUCGGACUAUGACAGUAUAUGGAUAACUCACACUAACAGAAUGGGUUCUUUGUCCCGCUCGAGGAAGGAUUCAGGGCCACAUAUGCUUUUUCCUGAAGAGGAGAAAAUUAUUGUGGAAGAGACAAAGAGCAAUGGCCAAACUGUAAUCGAAGAAAGGAGUCUGGUGGAUACAGUUUAUGCUUUAAGGGAUGAGGUUCAAGAACUUAAGCAGGACAACAAGAGAAUGAAGCGCACUCUUGAGGAAGAACAAAAGGCACGGAAAGAACUGGAGAAGAUUGUCAGGAAAGUGUUAAAGAGUAUGAACGACCCAUCCUGGGAUGAGACGAAUUUGUGAGCUCGUCUGUACAUUUCUGAAAACUGCAUCUGAUAAUUGUGUGUUGAGAGUAGUAGCAGUCUGACCAAAAAUACUUGUAAAUAUUGUGACAAAACUGGACUUGAUCCCCGCAGUCACAGUAUUACGCUUUUUAAACCUGAUCCUUUUCAAGCUUUUUUUGUUUGCCAGUGCCAAGUAUCUAGUUCAUCUCGUUCAUUUUCAGAUAUGAUAAAGAUAACGAAAUGUGAGGUGUGGUGUCAAAGCUGCCAAAAUAGCUUGCAGUUUGAUCAUUUAACUCACCGUCACAGAGGUCAUUGGUUCCUAGUCUAAAACUGGGAGUCUCAGGGAUGAUAGACACACUGUACCUACAAAUGUUGCCAUUCCUGCAUCACUGCCUGCAUGCGUCCUUUGAUGUUUUCAACCAUUAGCCAAUAUGUUCAAUAAGGUGUGACAUUCGGUAGGAUUUUUCCAAUGGAAAACCUUGCAAUACAAUACUAGAGACAUUUCUUAGGGAACUAGUCUUUUUUUUUUGAGAGUGAGAGAUUUGUUUUAGGGGUGUCAUUUGAAAGUUGCUUUUACAAUAAACCUCAGUUUUAAUUUCGUCCGGUUGCUCUUUUGCACCUUGCAGCUUGUAUCUUUUUUUUUUUUUUUUUUUUUACUUUUAUUAUGAUCCUCUACUCUAAUUUUUAAAGACCUUUUUUGUUAUGUACAGAAAUAAUCCUUUAUUGUAUUUAAUGCUCAGAAAUGUGCCUUUUGCGGAAAAAAGGAGAUUUCCAGAAUUUUGUCAGCAUUUCUAGCUCUGUCAGCAUUUCAAAGAACCUUUUUAAGAAAAAUGUAUGCAAGAGUGAUUUUUAAUUAACACUGAAUCUGUGGUUAGAAACCGCCAGAUUAAGAGUCUUCUCCAUGUUGUCUGUCUAAUUUAUGUAUUUAAAUGAAAUAUUGUCUAUUGCUAAAUGACUGUGUAUUGUGAAAUUUCCAGAUAACCUCGUCUACUUUUUUCUUUCCAAAGCACUCUCUAUCUUAAUCUCUCUUUCUUGCUGAUCAAAUUAAAUAAAUACAAAUUCUUACUGUGA